GGAGACGGAGCGGGUAAGCAAGCCAACAGUCACCAACCUGCAAAUCAACGCAAACUUCGCUUUAAAACAAGCCACAAAUGUCUACUUUGACCCAUCGAUAUGCUCGGACCGCGCCGUGGAUUUAGGCGGCAGCAGCGUGUCGUUCAUGGACACUUCUCGACACGGACGAGGAUUACACACGGCACUGACAAUAAAAACAACGAGGGUGAAUUCCGAAAAAAGAAAAGUAUUUUGAUAUUCCGUCUUUAAACAUGUUUGCGUCUCGAUGAGAACUUUAAUCCCAGGAAACAAUGAAGACCGAGCGAAGAAAGAAGUCAUCAAGUGUGUGUUAGCCAUCCUUACCGUUAGCUAACCUGCUAAGCAGGGUUAGCUCGUCGGCUAACGCGAGCUACGUUUUUUUUUUUUUUGGACUAAGUUUUUAUUGUUGGAGUCUAAGCACUGACGAAGUGUUCCAACAAGAGAGGGGAAGGGCGGGCUCCCUUCUGGACUUUCCCCGGAAUGAUGGCAGCGGAGGUCAGCAGCGAAGAGACGAGCUCGGUCACAACAGGCGGAGGCCCGGAGACAGCGGCCCCGUCCCCCUGCUGUGCCCAGUCGGCCAGAGUGAGAGCGGCUGAUCUGGGUCAGAAUUCUAACACAUCCCCGGACUCUCCCCCGGAUAUCAGCAUGAUCUACCCGCUGUCCAGUGGCGGAGGUGGACUGUCGGGGUUGCAAGGAUCGAGCUCAGGGAACUUGGGCGGCAUGUGCGGCUCUCCCACUUCGGAGGCACCGCCGGCCAGUCGGAUUUCACCCACAUCUCCAGGCCCGGAUGGGGGGACCGACUUACCUCCACUACCGCCGCCGCCGCCUCCGCCGCCUGGUUUAACGGGUCUCGGCGGUACUCUGGACGAAAGCGACAUGCAAGAUGGGCCGGAGUACGAGGAAGAAGAGGUGGUGUUCCCACUCUCUGCACCUCCCUCUAACCAGUGGUACCAUGGCAAGCUAGACCGAACCAUUGCAGAGGAGCGGCUGCGCCAGGCCCGGACCCAUGGCAGCUACCUCAUCAGGGAGAGUGACCGCCGGCCCGGUUCCUUUGUCCUGUCUUUCCUCAGCAUGACCAAUGUGGUCAACCACUUCAGGAUAAUUGCCAUGUGUGGGGACUAUUACAUUGGUGGACGGCGGUUCUCCUCCUUAUCAGACCUAAUUGGUUACUACAGCUAUGUGUCUUGCCUGCUCAAAGGAGAAAAGCUCCUAUGGCCUGUGGCCCCUCCUGAGCCUGUAGAAGACCGGAGGAGAGUAAGGGCCAUACUGCCAUACACCAAAGUGCCAGAUACUGAUGAGAUCAGCUUCCUGAAGGGUGACAUGUUUAUUGUUCACAAUGAACUGGACGACGGCUGGAUGUGGGUGACCAAUGUUCGCACAGAGGAGCAGGGCCUCAUUGUGGAAGAUCUGGUGGAGGAGGUGGGGCGGGAAGAGGAUCCACAUGAGGGAAAAAUCUGGUAUCACGGAAAGAUUACUAAGCAAGAGGCCUACAACCUGCUGAUGACAGUUGGACAGGUGUGCAGUUUCCUGGUGCGGCCAUCAGACAACACACCUGGGGACUACUCCCUUUUCUUUCGCACCAAUGAGAACAUCCAAAGGUUUAAGAUCUCUCCCACCCCCACCAACCAGUACAUGAUGGGGGGGAGGUACUACAACAGUGUUGACGACAUCAUCGACCACUACAAAAAAGAGCAGAUUGUCGAAGGCUACAACUUGAAAGAUCCUGUUUCAGUGCAGCACCAAGAGCAAGUCAUCACAGACACAGUGGAUGGGAGAGAAAUUUACAACACAAUCAGGCGAAAAACAAAAGAUGCUUUCUAUAAAAACAUUGUCAAGAAAGGCUACCUCCUCUUCAACAAAGGCAAAGGCAAACGGUGGAAGAAUCUUUACUUCAUCCUGGAGGGCAAUGACGCCCAGCUGAUUUACUUUGAGAGUGAGAAAAGAGCCACAAAACCCAAAGGGCUGAUCGACCUAAGCGUGUGCUCCGUAUAUGGUGUGCACGACAGUCUAUUUGGCAGGCCAAACUGUUUCCAGAUUGUUGUCCAGCACUUUAGUGAGGAGCAAUACAUCUUCUACUUUGCAGGGGAGGUUCCAGAACAGGCACAGGAUUGGAUGAAAUGCCUUCAAACAUUCUGCAGUAAUUUAAGGAAAACAACACAACCCACUUCUAACAAAAGGCUAAGACAGGUAAGCAGCCUGGUGCUCUAUGUGGAGGAGGCCCAUAAGCUGCCAGUGAAGUAUUUCACUAACCCUUACUGCAACAUCUACCUGAACAAUGUCCAAGUGGCCAAGACACACCCUAGGGAAGGGCAGAACCCUGUUUUCACUGAGGAGUUUAUUUUCGAUGAUCUUUCAAGUGAAAUCAACAGAUUUGAAAUCAGCCUGAGCAACAAAACGAAAAAGAGCAAAGAAAGUGACAUAUUAUUCAUGCGUUGCCAGCUGAGCCGUCUGCAGAAGGGCCAGAUGAGCGAUGAGUGGUUCCAUCUCAGCUCUCACGUACCACUCAAGGGCAUCGAGCCGGGCUCAUUGCGUGUACGUGCCCGCUACUCCAUGGAGAAGAUCAUGCCGGAAGAGGAGUACAGCGAGUUUAAAGAGAUGAUACUGCAGAAAGAGUUCCAUGUCAUCUACGCUCUGGCCCAUGUGUGUGGUCAGGACCGCACCUUAUUGGCAAGCCUCCUUCUAAGGAUCUUCAGACAUGAAAAGGAUGAAGCCCCCCUUCUCAGGACUCUCAAUGACCGAGAGAUUAACAUGGAGGAUGAAGCCACAACUUUGUUCCGAGCGACCACACUGGCCAGCACACUGAUGGAGCAGUACAUGAAGGCCACGGCCACGCCCUUCGUCCAUCACGCUCUGAAGGACACUAUUCUCAAGAUCAUGGAGAGCAAACAGUCCUGUGAGUUGAACCCAUCCAAACUGGAAAAGAAUGAGGAUGUGAACCUGAACCUGGCGCAUCUUCUCAACAUCCUGUCAGAACUGGUAGAAAAGAUCUUCAUGGCCGCUGAGAUCCUACCAUCGACGCUGAGAUUUAUUUAUGGCUGUUUGCAAAAAUCUGUGCAGCACAAGUGGCCCACUAAUACGACCAUGAGGACCAGAGUCGUAAGUGGUUUCGUCUUUCUCAGACUCAUCUGUCCAGCAAUCCUCAACCCGAGAAUGUUCAACAUCAUUGCUGACCCUCCAUCAUCAACAGCAGGCAGGACCCUGACACUGGUGGCAAAGUCUGUCCAGAACUUGGCUAACCUCGUGGAAUUUGGUGCUAAGGAGCCUUACAUGGAGGGUGUGAAUCCUUUCAUCAAAAACAAUAAGCAUAGGAUGAUCAUGUUUCUGGAUGAGUUGGGGAACGUUCCUGACCUCCCUGAAGCCACAGAGCACUUUAGGACUGAUCUGUCCCGAGACCUGGCUGCGUUGCAUGAGCUCUGCGCCACACACUCCGAUGAGCUGCGGACGCUCAGUAACGAGAGAGGGGCUCAGCAGCACGUGUUAAAAAAGCUGCUGGCCAUCACGGAGCUCCUGCAGCAGAAGCAGGCUCAGUACGCCAUGUCCAACAGCAACAGGACCGAGUGCACCAUCAUGUCGCUAGCUGCCGCCAUCCAGGUCAUGUGAAGGAGGCCGGGAGUUGUGUUUUGCAGCAUGUGGCCUGCGAUCCCCCCAUAGAUCAAAAAAGCAAUAUGGCCGUCCUCCGUUGGAGAGGACAUAUAUGAACAUUGUCCUUGCCUUUCCCAAAUAUGCUUUAGACACAGACGCCGUGUUGAACGAUGGACCUGAGCUGCAGUGAGCUAUGGACGUGGGCAUGGUAGCAACCAAAGUACUGAAGUAGCAUCGUCUGCGUUCUUCAGGGAAUUUUAACACAAGCCUUAAUAACGUCCUUUCGACACACGUCCAGCUCUUCCUCUUUUAACCGUUUUUGUAUCGUCAACUUCUAUAGAGUUUGUAGCAAAACAGCAGAAAGGUGGUCUUACUUAAGACGUACUGUACAUAAGUGCAUGUGUUAAUAACCCCAUCGUCACCAAUGGUUCACUUCUCUGCAGUCUCUCCAGCCCAAGCAGGUGCUGGAACACACGCAUUUUUACACUUUUCGACUGUUCUCUUAGCUUCAAGCGCAGAUUUCACCUCGUGAUUGAAAGCUGCACUGUCAUACCGUUCACUGUAGGAACCUCACCGAGUGUCGGGUAGCGUACCCUUGCUGUCCUUUCUCGUAUUUCAUACAGGCCAAUGUGUUCCUUUUUAUUUUUCUACCUGAUUCUGAACCUUUUUGCAUCUUAGAUACGACAACCUGGCAGUUGAAAUAAAAACAAAGUGGUGUGA